CCCGAUUGCAAUCGUUCCCUGCGUAUCGUCUACAGCAGCCGAAAGAGGACCAGCCAUUGUUCUCGGAGACAAAGAGGGGGGAAUUUGCAAUACCACAAGUGUGAGAAAGAGGGGCCGAUGUGCUAGCGUUUCUCCGCACACCGUCAUACCACACUUGUACGAUGGCCUCCUCGUCGUCGGCUGCGACCCCGCCGCGCCCCAGUUCAUCAUACAGCUACUCGCUCAUCGACUACGUGGAUGACUCCGACGUCUUUGGCUCUCACGCACGCAGUGCUUCUACCCCACCUUCCAACCGCCGCGUACCGGGCCUGGCGUCCUCUGCAUCCUCCUUCGUUUGGCCAGAAACACCCCCACAGCAGCGUUACUACCAAGAGGAACCAUGGACCCUACCUUACUCUCGAAAUACCACCUACUCCAUAUUGAACGGAAUCCCCAACGUCAACAUCAAGGGCAUCCUCCCCAGGAUAUGGGACGCCAUCCUCAGCUCGCCCUCCAAACUGCGUGGCUCCAGCUUCGCAAAUGCAUCUUCGCCCACCCUCGUCACUCCGGUGCGCCCGCGCCCCUCUCCGUCCCAAUCCGCGGGCCGCUCGUUCAGCACCUUCAACCGCUCCACCCUCUCCGUCUUCAUGGGCCGCGGAAGCCCCACGUCGACGCUCUCCCGCGCCUCCACACGCUACCACACCCCCGCGACGAGCCGCGUCUCGCUUGUCGAGGACCCGGACGAGCCGCUUGUGGGCGACUUUCCCGUCCUCAUCGACUCCGGUCCAGACUUUCCCAGCGACUCGGACAUCGAGGACGAGGCAUGUUUCUGCUUCGUUUCCAAGGAGGACUCCGCACCUAUACCCUCUGACACCAACGGAUAUGGAUAUGAUGUCGGCCGGGGCACGGGCAGGGAGGACAUUAGAUGCGUUAUCGGCCUCAACAUUGUCUCUCUACUUCCACCGGAGCUCGGCGUCUACAUACUCUCCCUUCUCAUUCCCCACACCUCUGACGACACCACCGGCGGCUACGGUUACGGGUUGAACGACCUGUUGCCGUGCUCGCUCGUCUGCCACUCAUGGUACGACCUCUUGCAGGACAACGAGAUUUGGUACAAAGCGUACGUGAGCUGGUGGGGCGUCCGCCGACCUACGUGUCGCUCUACGUCAACAGAGUGGAAGCGCCUCUUCAUACGUCGUGCAGCGCUGGAAAAGCGGUGGCGACGUGACGACCCCGAAUUCGCCGGACCGACCCUUUCGCACUUGCAGUCGCAUACCGACAGUGUCUAUACGGCCGAGUUCUCACUCGAAUGGGGCUUGCUCGUUAGCGGUAGUCGCGACCGGACCAUCCGUAUUUGGGACAUGCACGCUCGCUCUGGUCGCGAGUCUUGUCUCGCCCUGCUGAGGAACUCGGGUGGCGAGGAGGGCAGCGGCCAUACAGGCUCUGUGCUCUGUUUGAAGUUCGAAGUGAUCCCUGAUUGGUCAGGCGCGACACCUGACCGUCAGCGGUUCUUCAUGGUCUCCGGUAGCAGUGAUUGCACGAUCUGCGUCUGGGACUUCACCGUCGAGGGCUUCGCCGCCGGCCGUGAUCGCAAGCGCCGUCGUCUCCGCGUGACGCAGAGCCGGCUCCUGCGCACGCUGCGCGGACACUCUGGCGGCGUGCUCGACCUGCGUCUGUACGAGUCGGCCACUGGGCAGAAGUGGAUCGUGAGCUGCUCGAAGGACGCUUCUAUCCGCGUCUGGAGUCGCACGACGUACGAGGAGGCGCGCGUCAUGCGCGGUCAUGACGGCCCUGUCAACGCUAUUGGUGUGCACGCACAGCGCGUUGUCAGCGCGUCUGGCGACGGGAAGAUGAUUCUCUGGAACAUCGACUCGGGCGAGCGCAUCCGCACCUUCGACGGGCACGACCGCGGGCUCGCGUGCAUCGAGUUCAAGCAGGAUCUCAUCCUCACGGGCUCGAAUGAUUGCACCAUCAAGGUGUGGUGCGCGAAGACGGGCAAGUGUCUCGGAACGCUGGAGGGGCACCGUGCGCUCGUGCGCGCGCUUGCCUUCGAGGUGUACCCGGCCGGGAGAGGUGGCGAUGACCGCGUGAAGGGCCGUGUGGUUAGCGCGAGCUACGAUCGCUGCGUGCGGGUGUGGGACCUGGACACGGGGCGUCCGGAGGGCACAGCGCCUGGUUCGCUUGUGCGCGAGUUCAAGCAGUGCCAUACGAGCCAUAUCUUCGACGUUCGCUUCGAUAACUCUCGGAUAGUAACUACCUCACACGACCAGAAGAUCGCCAUCCUCGAUUUCUCUCGGGGCUUGGAGGACGUGUGUCUCCUCUGAGCGUCCCACAUAUUUAUCAUCUUGCAUCUUCAUCUUGGACACACUAUAUAACCCGCAGUUACCUUCGUCAUCUCUCCUUAAUCUCCGUUGUCCUUUUCUUUAUUCCUCGCUCUCGCUCUGUCUUUCAUGUCAUGUCCGGAGCUUCACCCUUCGCUGUCGUUUGAUUCUUGUUCUGCUCUCCUCUCCAAUCAUCAUCAAAUAGUGCAUGCUGCUGCUGAAGCGCUGCCGUAUACCAAGAAAAACAGAUAGUGUGUAGUUGUACUAGUAGUGUAGAGUAUUUUGGAUGACCUGCAUGACCUAUAUAUGCCUGGAUGUUUGGAGAUGAAAA